GUAAACAACUGCACAGACGCAGAGACAGACAGGGCAUCGAAACUGAUUGCAGAUCGGUCUGUGUUUGACAGAGAGGGGUCUGUGCUCUCUGGUUGAGCAGCUCUGGGAACAGAUAUGGACGCUGCGCGUGCACGCGUUUACAGAUGCAGACUAUUGUAACAUCAUUACAGAAAUUAACCCCUUUUCCAGCUCAUCAUACACCUUGUUCUGUUACCACACUGGCAGUGACACUUUAUUUACAAUGAGGACACUCAUCCACACUCCACCCUUUUUCCAUCUCUCUGUCUCUGGUUUCACUGCUCAACCUUCGAAAUGCCUGGACAGAGAGAAAGACAAGAGCCCCUAUCCCAUGAAUUAUGCAUUGCUGGUUCUUUUUUUUUUCUUUUUUUGAUAACACUUGUCAGUUUGCACUUGCUAUCGGCUUCAGGAGUAACUGAAGUGAGCAUUGGUUCACUGUUAGGACACCCUGUUUGACGGCUUCACAAGCUUGUCCUCAAGAAAGACCCAAGAUCUGCUUGAAAAUAUGUUCAACAACACCGAACCUGUCCUACUUCUGUUUUCUCUCUCAAUUCUUUUGAACUGAAAGAUUCAUUUUAUGGUAAAUGUUUUGCAUUGUCACUGAUGGCAGAUAUGAACAGCAUACGGAACAACAGGUUAUGGAGAAGUCCGAGAUGAGGAAGUCUGUAAGAUUGAAGGAAACUCAGACUGCAGAGGACAUCAUUUUGUCUUUCCUAAUGGCCUCUGAUGAGAAUCAGAACAAAAUGCAGGAGGCAGAGGUUGAGGAAGCUGUUAAACACAAUUCAGAGAACACGAACCUGGAAGAGAGGUCUCCAACAAGCAUCAAGAGCCAUAGCUGCUCUGUAGAUCAUGGCAGUCUCUCUGGGACUGUACCACCUGGGCCUAGUCCUGCUCUUCUGGCUUCACUGCAGUCCCUCGUCGAACACAAUGAUCACAUGCUCCUCCCUCAUUCCUUACACCAGAUAGCAGAGGGCUACUUCCUUGAAAAGGACUAUCAGUGGUCAGUGGAGUUUCUCCAGCUAGAGAAGCUGUAUCAUGAAAGACUGCUGUCUAAUCUGGCCUCCAUACAAAAGGAAUGGGAGUCCCAGAGGAAAAUCAUCGUCCAAACCGAAAGUAACUCUAAUGGAAGUGACAGAGAGAGAGAACAAAUGGAACUGUUGAGUCAUAUCUGCAGAACACACCAGAGACCUAACCUCGUUUUGGAAAAGAACAUGGAUGACAGAAGACUACACACCAGCCCAACACUUGUGUCAGAGCACAGAUCAAAAUCAGAACAAGCUUCAGUGAACUCAACCGAGAGAGAAAACCGGGCAGACGACUGCUCAUGGCUGGGAGCUGAACAGGAGCCAGAAGAGGACUAUGAGUCGAAUGAUGAGGAGGAAGAGGAAGAUCUUGAGGAAGAUGAGUGCUGGACUGAGGAGCUGCAGGAUGACACAGUCGUUGACGGCCAGGUUCCUGUGGAUGAUUUUCAGAAAUAUGGCUUAGUCUCCAUUUUAAAGAAGAGAGUCUACGUCAAGGAAACGGAGAAUGCCUUGCCACUAAAAGACUCAACCAAGCGCAGAGUCCGCUUUAGAGAGCCUGAAGAUGCUUUCGAUCAAGAUGAGUCGGCCAGAAACUCUUGCCUCAUCCUUCUCAUCUUGUGUCUGGUUACCGUGGUGAUUAGCAUGGGUGGGACGGCUCUUUAUUGUCUCGUUGGAGAGGCGUACUCAAAUGUGUGUGUCGACUUCUCACAAAACGUGGACUUUUACUUUGGACCUGUACGACGGGGAGUGGACGCUCUCGCACAGUGGCUGUCUUCUGAUGGAUUAUAACAGCAAUUUUAAGCUAUUUUAAAUGGAACUCUUUCUUAAUAGUAACAUUUUUCCGAUGGUAAACAACAGUAUUCUUCUUGAGAUAAUAUGCACUAAUGCACAUUACCAGACUGGCCUUAAGAAAUACUGCUUUAGUGAGACUAUACAAAUCACACGGGGCUUCCUAAUGCAUAAAUGAAUUUGUAUAAAAUAUUUAAUAAUGGUACAAAAAAACUGAACAUUACAGAUAAUCCUAAUAUAACACUUGUUACAGAUAGUCUUAAUAAACUACUGCCAUUCUUCGAAUCAGUAAAGCCCCUUUCACACUGCCAUUCAGGCAAAUACAGGGGUAAAGUGUUCCUGCAAUUGGUCCCUGGUCGCUAGAUUUGGCACUUUCACACUGCCAGUGAUGACCCGGGAUAUGUGCG